AUGGCCUGGUACAUAGUAUGUCAAAGUCAAAAUGCCCUAAGAUGGACAGAGAUAGUGUGUUGGGAAAAAAAUAUUGAGCGAACAAACUUUUCCCCGGAAACAAAUUGGUUUUUGUAUGAUGAGCCUAAUGGGGUAAAUGUAGAAAAUUCAACCCAACGUGAUGUGGAUAUUGAUCGAGACUUAGAUCAUAAUGCUGAAAAUGAAGUUGACGAUAAUUCUGACUGUGAUUCAUGGAUGGCUGAAGAUUUUGAAGGUCCAAAUGAUGAUGAUAUAUUUGUCGAGAGACCUGAAGACCACGCUCAUCAAGAACUAAAAAGAAUGAGAGUUGUCAUGCAAGAAUCUGCACAGAAGACCAAUGCUCAAACAUACGAUAUAGACCAACUCGGCAGCUCCAAUGAACAAGAUUGGUACAGUGAUGUUGAAAGCGACAGUGAUAGUGAUCUAGAGAAUUUGAAAGGUUCAGAUCAUGAAGGUGAUGGGUAUGAAUUAUGGAAAGAGAAAAACUACCCCAACAUGAAUGAGUUUGAGAUGAAAAUUGGUAUGAAAUUCGCUAAUAGAGCCAUCUUCAGGGAGGUCUUGAGGGAUUGGGUAGUUAGGAAUGGCUGGGAUUUAUCUUUCAAAAAGUGUGAAAGGCAUAAAAUCACAGCAAUUUGUAAGAAAGGUUGCAAUUGGAAGAUUCACGCUUCUUCUGUUAUGAAAACAUUAGUAUUUCAGGUGAAGAGUAUAAAAGGGUCUCAUAAAUGCGCGCGUACCAUGGACAACAAACAAGCCACAUACAAAUAUAUAGGGAAGAGAAUUGUGGACGUUGUCAGGGAUAAUCCUUGUGAGAGCUUGGAGACACUUAAGAGGAAAAUUUGGAGGGACAUUCAGGUAGAUUGUAGCUUGCACAUUGUAUGUAGAGCAAGAAGAUACGCACUAGUGCUGAUCAAAGGAAAUGUAAAGAGAGAAUACGAAAGGCUAUGGGAUUAUUGUGCUACUGUUUGUAAUGAGAACAAAGAAAGUACUCUCCAGUUAAAGCUUGAUAGAUCGGUAAAUCCUCCAGCUCUUAUUAGGAUGUAUUACAGCUUGGGGGGUUUGAAGUCUGGUUUUAAAAUUGGAUGUAGGCCUAUCAUAGGCUUGGAUGGUUGUUUCUUGAAAGGACCAUUUAAAGGGCAUUUGUUGUCUGCCAUUGGGAGAGAUGCUAAUGAUAAUAUUUAUCCGAUUGCUAUGGCAUUUGUUGAGAUAGAAAAAUAUGAUAGUUGGCGUUGGUUUUUAGAAAUUUUACUACGUGAUAUUGGACCAUAUGAGGAGAGAGGGUGGGCAUUCAUAUCGGAUAGACAAAAAGGCCUCAUUGAAGCAGUAUCAGAGCUUUUUCCACAUGCUGAACAUAGGUAUUGUUUGCGGCACAUGUAUAAUAACUUUAAAUUAAAAUUCAAGGGAAUCAACAUGAGAGAUUUAUUUUGGAGUGCUGCUUCAACGGCGAAUGUGAAUGAGCAUUAUCAGAUCAUGAAAGCAAUUGAUGACAAAUAUCCUAUCACCGUGGAAAAUGAAGUUACUCCGUACGUUUGGCUUAGUAGAAUUCCUGCACAUCAUUGGGCAAGAUCUCAUUUCUCCACAAGAACUAAAUGUAAUGUGUUAGUCAACAAUUUGUCCGAGUCUUUCAAUAGCUAUAUAUUGGAGGUACCAAGAUCAAAUAUUUAUGUAGUUCCCCCUCGUUGUAGUUUAAGGCCAGGGAAUAAUGCAUUGCCCUCUGUUGCAGCAAAAGAAAAUGUUUUCAAAGCAGCAUGUUGUUCGUCAUCAAAUUUGCCCCCGGAUCAAAAUCAACCUGAAGUCGUAGAUUUUGCAUUUGACUGA